AUGCAAGCGCGGGCAGCCGCGCCGCCACAGCUCCCGGUCCGGGCCGACUGCUCCCGCGGGCGCGCCUGAGCCUCCGCGCGCCGCCGGCCGGGCGCCCGGACGAUGAUUCCGCCGGGGGACUGCAUGUACGCCGGGAGGAAAAGGAGGAAGCCCGUCCAGAAGCAGAGACCCGCCGUGGGGGCUGAGAGGUCGAACCCUUCCAAGAGGCACCGGGACCGCCUCAACGCGGAACUGGACCACCUGGCCAGCCUGCUGCCGCUGCCACCUGACAUCAUCUCUAAGCUGGACAAGCUUUCAGUCCUGCGUCUCAGCGUCAGUUACCUCAGGGUGAAGAGCUUCUUCCAAGCCCUGCAGGAGCGGUGCCCGCGGCAGCCGGCGGCAGGUGCCCCCUCGGCGGGAGACAGAGGUCCGCACAGAGGGUCCGCGGUGCUGGAGGGGAGGCUGCUGCUGGAGUCUCUGCACGGCUUUGCCCUGGUCGUGAGCGCCGAAGGCCUGAUCUUCUACGCGUCGGCGACGAUCGUGGAUUACCUGGGCUUCCACCAGACGGACGUGAUGCAUCAGAACAUCUACGACUACAUCCACGUGGACGACCGACAGGACUUCUGCCGGCAGCUCCACUGGGCCAUGGACCCCCCGCAGGCGCUCUGCGGGCAGCCCCUGCUCUCAGGGUCCGGCGAGGAUGCCGUCCUGGGGAGGCUGCUCCAGGCUCAGGAGGGGGCUGCGGGCUUGCCCCCCGAGUACUCGGCUUUCCUGACGCGCUGCUUCAUCUGCCGCGUGCGCUGCCUGCUGGACAGCACCUCGGGCUUCCUGACGAUGCAGUUUCAAGGAAAACUACGAUUCCUGUUUGGACAGAAGAGGAAGGCACCUUCGGGGGCGGCCUUACCCCCCCGGCUCUCCCUGUUCUGCGUCGCGGUGCCGGUUCUCCUGCCUCCUGUGGCGGAGGUGAGCGGGAAGAGUGCCUAUCUUCGGGCCAAGCACCGCGUGGACAUCUCGGCCACACCGGAUGCGGGAGCAAAAGCCACUCCAAGUCUGUGUGGGUCAGACUUGCACGGAAAACCCAGUUACGUAGCAGGAAGGAGCAAUGGAGAAAACGGCCUUUCUGUGUUCAGGGCACCGACAGAUGCCUGCCGCUGGGGCCGGUUCCCAGCCAGAGCGCCCUGCCUGUGCUUCCGGGGUGACUCUGACCUCGUCCUUGACCCUGAGGGGGCCACAGGGGAUGGGGGAGGAGAAGAGCCCAGAGGGGUGCGGAGGGACGUGCCCCCUCACAGCUGUCACCUGGAGACGCCGGGAUCCACGAAGCACCUGAGCUGGACCCCAGGGAAACAUGGUCAGGAUGGCAGCACCAAGCUGAAGCUGGACCCCAGCAACAGCGACCCGUUCUCUGUGCUUGCUCCGCCCCGUGGCGCCUGCCUGCCCUGCCCCGGCCUGCAGGGCACCAACCAUGCCGGCGGCGCCGUGGCCUCCAGGAACCCAGCCAGCGGUCACCUGCCAAGGCACCCCCCCUGCGCCUGCGCCGGCCGGACCAGCAGAGCCGUUCGGGGCGGCCACCAGGGCCAGGUGCACCCUCCCCCCAGCUGCCCCUUCCCUCAGGGGGGCCUGGGCGGGGGGCUCCCGCAGCGUCUCCCAGCGGGGGGCUAUCCUGCCCAGGACAAGUUUCACGGACUCCCGAUGCUCCCAGGAGCCCUGAGGAACCCCGUGUCCUCACUCGACGUACCCAUCAAGAUGGAGCGUGACUCUGGGGCCGAGGACACAGCGGAUGGCUACUCUGUGUCCCAAAGCCAGGUGUGGCUGGGGGCCAGCGAUGUGCCCAAGAGCCAGCUGGUCACUUUCCCGACCAGGAUGCACCUGAAAACAGAGCCAGACGCCAGGCACCCCCUGUACAGCCCGCACCUGCGGCACGGCGGCCUGCUGGGGGCCCACCCCAGACCCGGCAGGGAGCCAGCCCCCUUCCAGCCCGCACCCUGCGCCUGCCUGGAGCCUCCGCCCCGCCUCGCGCGAGGCCACCAGCCCCCCACUGGGGACUGCGACUGCAGAGCUCCCGGGUCCGCGCCCGUGGUCAAGCUCGAGCCCCUGGACUUGCCCCCGUGGGCUGCUCACAGCCAGGGCGGUGCGCCCGGGAUGUUCCCCAAAAGUGCCUUGGCGACGCGGAUGCCGGCCCGCGACCCCGAGUGCGCGUUCCUGCCGUAGAGUCCCUUGCCCAGCGGACGUCUGUGCGCGUGCGCGUUUGCCCCUCCGGGUGUCGGCGCGGGCGGCCAGCGCAGCGCCAAGCUGGCUUGUCCAGAGUGGUCUUAAGGCUGAUCAAGCAUGACAGUGUCCCCCUUUGAGGGCGGACAGUUCUUAGGAGAGCGGCGGGGCCAGCCGGCGGCAGUGCUUCCGUGCGCCCAGUGGUAGCGGUCCCCGGCCCCGGGGCGGUUUCCAGCCCCUUCUGUCCGCGUCCCCACUUCACUGCUGCGCUGUGCAGGCAGGUCGACGCCUCGGGGAGGGGACCUCAGGGAGCAGCCACAUCUGGGGUGACCCACUGCCCAGGCAGCAAAUUAGAAAUAAAGCCCGCUGAGCCGCGGGGCCCACGCUCCCGGCCCUGGCGGGAAUCUCCGAGUUCCAGCUUUCCAGCCCCGGAGAGGCUGUCUGUCGGCGCUGGGCUCCGCCCUGCGCUCCGGGGGCGGUGUUGCUGGAGACGCGCGGCCGUGCUCCCAGGGAGAAGGGGCCGGAUAGAGUCCUGUUCCUUCCAGAAGUCUCUCUGGUGUUUUCAGUGGGCCCCUAAGGGUGGUUUGAGGCUGUCUGUCUCUCACCACGCCAUGUAGCCUCCUUACAGAGUCCGGGUUUGGAAGUGAGAGAGGUACCAAAGGUGGAGAAGGAAGUAGGAUGUGGUCACCUUGCUGUCUUACUGACUGGUGUUUCCAGGGAAAACUCCAGCCAUCGUCCUAGGAAGGAUUACUAGAGACAGACAGGAAUGUUUGAUUUUUUAAAUGGUAAAGAUAACGUAUUCUGAGUGUAGGAAAUUUGGAUGCAAAAGAAUAAAACAGGAUGCGAAGGUUGCCUGCAGUCACCACCUAGAGAUGGCUCAUGGCCGUGGGUGAAGUCCACCCACCUCCCAAGUGACCCCACCCCAUGGGACAUGACAGCAGGGGCCAGAAUCACCAGCCAGCAGGACGAAGCUGGUCAGGGACCCCCUGUGCUGGGGUUGGAGACCCCUCUUCCUACAGACACAAGCACCUGUCCCCAGUCACCUCCCUCUGGAGUCUGGGCCCCAGCAGGGACCUGCAGCCCCACCCUGUUCCGUGCAGGGUCCUUCCCUCCGUCAUCUGUGGCUUUGGGGAGUCAGUGUUCAGCUCCUGGGUUAAUGCUGGAGCUGUUCGCUAAAUGCACAUUCACCUUGUCAAGCUCAGGGCUGGGCUGGCAGGACUGGGUCUUCUGGACACUUAGAUGCUCGCUGGGACCAUGCCCCUUGGCCGCCUGCUUCGUGGAAGGGCUUCCCCUGAGGGGAGGCUGAGGGUCUCUCCCCCGGACUGACAGAGGUUAACCACCAGAACCCGGGGUUGGGAGUGGUCAAUUCGUGGCCCCUGGGAACCCCAAGCCCUGCCUAGCAGCCUCUUCAUCUCUGCCCAGCCCACGGGGGCCUUGCAAAAGUGACAUUGGUGCUGUGCUGUCCCCACUGCCAUCGUCAGAGUCUUCCCCUCGCCUGUUACGAUGGCAGCAUGGCGACCUGUCCCAACCCCGCUUCCUGCUCUUACCCACACUGGCUCAGCGUCCCUCCCCUCUGCUUAAUGUCACACUGAGCACAGCACACCUCCUUGUAGAUCUAACCCCUAGGACAAGUUGUGGGAUGCCGGAAACUUCCUCCUUUCUUCUGGUUCAAACCAAGGCUCCGCUCCUCAUGGAAGCCCUGUACCACCCCUCAACAGCAGCACUCAGCCCCUUUGGAGCCCCUCCGUGAUGGCUCACCAGGUCCAUGCCCUCAGGCUCACUCUUCUCACCAGGCUAGGCCAGUGUGGCAAGUCCUGGGAUAUCCUGGGGCAGCCCUGCGCCUGACACCACACUUCCCUGUCUCAGGGCGCAAUAGACAGGUGGUGCCACACGCAUGUACCAAACGCAUCACCGGGAAAACCCCGGACUGAAAAGAUGGAAUUGAGAGACAUCAUUGCACGUUUGCACACUGUUGCCAGAUCCCCGCAUAACCGAAGAGCUGCAGGUGUGAGCCUCGCGUGAGGAGGAGUCUUUCUGAAGGACACACAGCCACCCCUGCCCACAAGGGCCGUGGCACCCAAGCCGUGUUCCUGGAGGUUCAGAGCACCCAUCUGUGGCCACUCCCCUGGGACCACGUGCACCAAACUGGUCACGGUUGGUGGACAGGCAGGUUAAGCCUUGUUGGUGUGGAAUCAGCAUCUGGACACCAGCUCUGAGGGGUUUGUGUUCUAAAGGUGCCAUCAUGCUUGGGACCCAGGUCCUGAUGUGCCCUGGUCCCUUCCUCUGCUGGGUCGGUGGCAACAAAAUUUCCCCCAAUCAGCACUUUUGUGAUUUUACAGCCAUGCCCCUAUGGAAAAAUUGUGUGGGGAAGGUGAUAAUGGAAUGUAGAAGGUCAGAUCCGGCCAUUUCUGUAGGCGUGGCCAUUUCUGCUUUAAAAUGUCAUUACCAGUACUAAUUACCGGCUUAUAUGUUUCUAUUGUCUGUAGCUUUUGGCUGUGUAGCUGAGAACACAUUAAAAUCAAGUAUACAGGAAUGAUAUGGAAGGGAAAAGACAAACACAAAUUGUAUUUUAUAUUUUUGCAGUUUCUACUGGAUGAAAAAAAUUUUCAAUAUGGAGACUGACUCGUUGAAUUUUUAAAAAUUGGAUGCAUUAUAAUGUAACUUUUUGUACUUUUUCUCAGUGCCUUUAGAAAGAGCUUUCAAAUGCAUUUCUGAUACUGUGGUUCUUGUUAAAUUCCCAAUAUGGAUGUAAAAUAAAUGUUAG